AUGCAGCAGAAUGGGCACUGCUUGAACGCAUAUAAGACCAACCACCUCGUCAGCUGGCGCGGGGCGGGGCCCUUUGAAGCCUCCGGGGAUUUUGCUCGGCAAAAACGAGUCCAGGGGGCAGUUUGCCGGGAAGCCAGGACACUCGGACCGAUCCUCAGCUUCGACGGGAUCUCAAGGACAGAGCUGAAGAACCGCGUCAAAGGAGCCCGAUCCGCGUGGAGAUCUUUAGGCGCAAUCUGGAGACAGCCGCGUCACCCCAAGUUGUUUCUCACGCCCUUCCUGUGCUUUGUGCACAGCGCCGCGAUCGCGGGCCUUACUUCGUUUGUCUUGCCAUCGGAGUUCACAGGUAAGCUCGACUCUGUGCUGGUCAGAACGCUCCGCUUCUUGAUGCAUGGCAUGGCUAAGGCCGAAUGCGAGGGGCGAGUCAGGACAAUGACACAUAGCGCAGACUUGCGACACUGGGGCAUUAGUCGCACAGCCACCGAGCUCCGAGUGCAGCGAUUGAGGUGGCGGCAGCAGAUCGCAAGGGCCCCGUCUGAGCGCGCGCAAGGUCUGGCAGCCAUGUUUGGGGCUCUGGAAAUCGACAGACUUCUCGACCGACCGAGGCUCGCCGCCGAUGGGGGGAUCACAGAGCACAGAGACGACCUGGAGGCCCUGCAGUUCAGAGACGACCUGGAGGCCCUCGCGAAUGCGGACCCACGUUUCGACGUCAUUUGGGAGGAUCGGGACAAUCUCAUGAAGAUCUUUCAGGACCCCGAGGCCGGCAGACAGUUCGACAAAAUCAAGGUUGGCACCGUGCGUCACCUCCUUAGUCCCGAAGGGGCCUUGCGAGUUGCCCGUUCACUACACUGCCUAGACAUUGCGACCUUCGGGCCAUUCCCCAGCCACCUGUUCGGAGAGCGCCAGAGCGAUGCCGAGAACGCAGAUGACGGCAGCAGCAUCAUCGGCGAGUACGCGCGCACGCACGAGAUGGGGGAGGGGGGCGAGGGCAUGCGGCGCGGGAUGCCAUUCACGACGGUAAAGGCACUUACGGCGCACAUCGCGCACGCUCAUCACAUGAGAAACCUGCGCUCCAUGGUCAUCAGCGCGAACGUGGUGGAGGCGGCAGCAGCAUCGCUGGAACAACGGCAGAUGCAAGCACGUGGAGGCCAGAAUAAGGCCACUGGAAGAGAGCAUGGCUCAGGCGACGCCACUCUCGACAGCGCGCAGGUGAUGCGGCAGCUCUCAGGCAGCCUGUGGGACUUCUUCCUGAUCCCAGGCGGACUUCCAGCGGCGGCCGCAGCGGUGGCGGCAGGGACCACAUACGCAGGGAAAACCAAGGAGAAGGGCGCCAAGGCCCUGGGGCCGCCUCACCUCCACAUCGGGGUCGACUUCUUCCUGGGGGUGGGGGUCAACGACAAGGCCGAGGGGGGCCAAGAGGUGAUCCUGUCGGAUUUUCGUCUCUUGAUCGACGUGCUGGGCAUGCAGGGCUUCGGCGACAUCGUGAGAUGCUUCAAGGUGAAGAAGCCGUACUCGGAGGCGGGGCAACCAGAACGCUGGGAGCUCUACCUCAUGUUCAACAACCUCGCCAGCAGCCCCUGGAACGACAAGUGGGGGGAGCAGACCAACGCAAUUCGAGAAGGAAACCAGGAGGUGCCCGUCAAGAUCAGCCGCGCCCACCAGAUAGGCGACCUCAGGAAGGCGGUGGUCGAGACUCUGCGCGCAGCAGGGGCCGAGCAGAUCUUCGGGGCGCCGCCGCCGUCGGGCCUAGAGCGACAGCUUCAAGCAGCCCUGCGAGCGCGGCAGCAGCUGAUGGAGGGGUAG